GGAAGGGAAAACCCCCCGACCCCCCAAAGAAGAAAAAAACUCUCUGCUCUUUUCCUCCUCCAAUGUACGUCAUUGUGCCUUCCCUCCUCCGACCUCACCUCUUCCUUCGGCCGGAGCCUGGAAGAACAAUCUCGACUCGACUGCGCUGAGGCGCUGCAGCAUCAGCGCCUGUUCGGUUGUCCAUUUUCACUUCACCUCAAAGAUAAGAUAAGAUACCAAUCCAUCUAUCUGUCUAUCAUGGAAGAGCAUAGAACAACAGCAGAGGCAGAGAAGGCAAUUAUUAUUAUGGAAGAAGAUGGCAAACCAGAACCAAAAGAGUCUCCCAGCAAUUCGCUGCAAACCAUUUCUGAUGACGAUGAAAUCGACUAUUCCAUCAAACCCGAAUUUUAUGAUCCCAACCUCGACGAUAAAGAUGAAUCAUGGGUUGAGAAGAAAAGGCAUGGCCAUGCUACUGAUGCUGUUCUCAGCUGCCCCGCUUGUUUCACCACCCUUUGCCUGGAGUGUCAAAGGCAUGAAAAGUACGUGACCCAGUAUAGAGCAAUCUUUGUUGUGAACUGCAAAGUCGAGACUGAACGUGUGGUAUAUGAGCGAAACAGAGCAAGACCUGGAAGAGCUAAAAGAGGGAGACAAACUGCGGAAGUUGAUGCUGAAGUUGGUGGUGCCAUCAGCAACGAAUCAUUCAAGCAUGUCUGCUGCUCAGUUUGCUGUACUGAGGUCGGCGUCAUUGAUGAAGAGGAGGUUUAUCACUUUUACAAUGUUCUUCCGAGUGAGGCAUGAGUUUGGCUUUUCCUUCAUUAGUAUAUAUAUAUAUCUUUGACUAUUCCGGGAUUGCGUUCUGGAGCUGCCUUGAGAAUGCAGGCGAGAGGUCGGGGCAGAGGCAGUAGCCUUCGAUUUAUGUACAAUUGCUUGGCAUUGACGUGUGUUGUCCAAAUACCGUGAUGGCUAUCUUACUUUAAUGUCUUUCCUCAAUACGUAUGUACUCAGGGUUGAAAAUGAGGAUAUGUGAUUCUUUUCUGUAAUCUAUAUCUAUAUCUAUACUAUAUAUAAAAAUAAUAUUUACUA